CAUCCACUCUCAAUCAAGCCUCACUUUGUCCAUCUUCACUUCGCACAACUCUCUCUCUCUCUCUCUCUCUACCUUUCAGCCCACCAUGAAGUUCCAAUCUCUCGCCAUGACUCUCUUCUGCGCCACCGCGCUGGCGGCUGCCCUCCCCGUCGAUCCUUCUACGGUAUCUGACGCUCAGAACUGCAUUAAGCUCGAGGACGUGAGAGGUCCCGGAGAAGUCCCCGGGCCGAUUUGUGGGGAUGAGCCUCAUAAUGAAAAACGCCAGAAGGAAGAACCAUCCCUUAUAGGCGCACCCGUUGGCAGUCUUAUUGGCGAUGUCAGCAAGAUUGUCCACCGUUGAUUCUGGUUCGCAUGGUCGAAAACGUCAUAGGGCCUCUGUUUUGUGGAACCUGCCUUGCGCUCCAAGUCAGGAUUGAAGGGCUAGUAGGGCCUUGUGUUGGCUGUGGCUAUUGUUCCUGUAUUAUUUGAUUUGUUAUUUUUUGGGGGUGUUGUGGGAAUCCGUCUCCGUUCGCUUGAAUAGCGAAGCAGUUGAGGGUUUUUGUUCUAUAUCUCCCGGUAUCCAUUACCGUAUCUAAUUCUAUGUACAUCUAUAUGAUGUCUAA